AACAGCAGCAAGCUUUACAACAGACACAUUUCUGAUGUAUAUGCCCUCAGCCAGACUGCUGCCCUCAGUAAUUGAAAAAAAUAUCCUUAAUACACUUGGGGCAUUAAGGAUAAAGGGGGAAGGGGCUCAAGCCCCCCUAUGCCUAUCUCCUCUGCACGUGCCUGGGAUGUUUUGUUCACAUUUAAGAUGAGAUGAUAGUUAAUAAACGUGCCAGGUCCGCCUGGCACGUUUAUUGUUACAAAUUCUCAGACUUCAUUGAGAGUUAAACAAAGCAGAUGGCAAGUCAAGAAUGAGUUUUUAGGAAAUAAGAGGUGAUUGAAGCGCUGCCCAGGACUAAAUUCAUCAUCAGUAGGUUUACUUCCGGCCUGCCUCUCCGCAAUAGGUUUACUUUCACCUGAUUGGACAGGCCAUCUUUAACGACAAACUACUGAAGCUUCUGAUUGGAUGCUGUUAAAUGACGUUGCAUGUAUAACCCCGGAAAAGCCCUUCUCAAAGUUCGGCGCGGAAACCAAGAAGUAACGAAACGAGAUGGCUGAAAACGGCUCAAAGUCUAAGCUGAAGCGGAAGAGGAGUUCCGUGGAGGAGCCGAAGUCUGAACUGGGUUCCCGGGGAACCGCGGAGAGGAGCGGCGCGGCUCCGCCGUCCAGAGGCGGAGCGGCGCAUCCUGACAGGUGUCGGCCGCCUGCAGCAGCGGCAGCGUGGUGGAACGUGUUGCGGCCCCCCGCUGUGGAGAGCCUGUGGGCGUUCACACUGAUGUCUGCUCUGCCGCACCUGCAGAACCAGCUCUGGGACCCGGUUCCUGAUCUUCCCCUUCCUCCUGCUGCGAGACCUGCCACACCAGAGGUAGAGGAGCAGUGGACGAUUGAUCUCUUCAGUGAUGCUCCUCCCUUUCCAGAAGACGGCCCACUCACCCCGGGACUUCCAUCGGACCCUCAGAGUGCGUCUUCUUGCCAGGAGAUUGCCCCAGUCCAGACCAGGCCUUCUGGAGAGUCACCUGACAAAGGGCCAUCGUCUGACAGCAGACAGAGUCCUGAACAGCAAGCCGAACCUCCCGGAUCCCUCAGCAGGACUCAGAACUGGGAGAACCCAGCUCCGUUUUCAGCAGGAGAGCCGAGGGUCGGACCGUUGAGCAGACGGCUUCUAGCCGAGUCGCUGAAGGUUUCCAACCCACCGGUUUCUCCAUGUGGCGAGGAGGAGGAGAAGGUCGUGGUGGUGCAGAAUACUAGCAAACAUGAAGUAGGAGCUCUGGAGAGCUGCCCCAUGUGUCUUCGUGUGUUCCCUUCUGGGUUCACGCAGACGGAGCAGGACGGCCACCUGGCCCAGUGUCUCUCUGAGCUGAGCGUGGACAUGACCUGGUGAGGCGACAGGAAGCUGGCGGCCGUCUCGGGGCUUCAGGCAGCCAGGUGCCCCGACACACUCCAGGACCCGGUCAGCUGGAAGAGGUCAAGUCAUCUACUCCACUGACGUAGACUGAACACUCGUGUACCAGAGGGUCAGAGCUGGGGGAAAGUUAGAGGGCUUUGACUUGAACUGAGAAGCUGAUGAGACUUGCCCCUCGUAGCUGUUUCUUCUUCUCUAAAUGACUUUUGAAAAGGAAACUUUGGCUGUAGCCGCACCUUUCAGCUUUUUGACCCACUUACAGGAAACAUAAUUAUCUGUAUUGAAGUCCAGGCUCAGGGAAAGCAGCUGAACAGUCCUUCAGGCCCAGCGCCUGCAGAGCUAAGGAGAUGAGGCGCUUGUUCUAUUAUUGGAUAAAUUCAAACUCAUGUUCCACAUUUCAGAUCUGUAAAACUGGAGAUUUCCAACCUCUGUUUUACUCCUCCAUUUAAAAAAAAAAAAAAAAAAAAAUUUUUUUUUUUUUAGAGAAAUUUAAAAGAUGUGAUUUUUGUUCUUGAACCUGUAAUUGCAGUCAUAAAUGUAUUUUUCCAAUUUGAAGAAACUCAGGGUGGAAUAUGUUCUUAAAAAAAAAAAAAGAAAUUCGGUGCACAUAUGUGCAGGGGGUCAGCUUCCAGUGUUGGGAUGGUUUUGUCACCAUGGUAACAGCCUUUAAACCCAAUCGGUACAAACCGGUGUGAAGACAUUUUUUUGUAGCCUGUUUAUACUUUCACCUUGGAGUGGAUUUCUGUAAGAAUCGGCAUCAUUUGUCUGAAUCCACAGUUUAAUAUGAAUGUUUGAUUUAAGCCACGGUGGACGGUUGUCCAGGAUGAACACGACCGCCAUGGAGACGACACGACCCCUCACCUCCCAAGAAAUUCAACUUUUGUCUCAUCGUUCCACAGAAUAUUUUCUGGAUGUCUUUGGGUUCGCCUUGUGAAAAAUAAAUAUGCUCAGUAUAAUAAAUAU